UCUAUUUGCUGUUCUGCGCAGCCCACUUCAGACGCAUGCGCAGUGCGUAACGGAACGAGUCAACGGACGAAGUUGGAAACAAGAUUGUUUGUCAAUCCAAAUAUAUUUAAAGAAAGAAGCAAUGGAGUCUGUCCCUCCUCUCUCCUCACUUCGCCUGCUGGUUUCUCCUUUGCGCCUCACAUCUGCCUUCAUGUGGCAAGUUGUCAAGGAUCAGAAUGUGGAGCAGUUUGGAAAACUGGAAGAAUUUGUUUCUGUGAUGACAAACCUCGUUCCAGAGCUUUUAAGCAGGAGGCAGAGGGCCACUUUGAUAGUAGGGCUGCGGGCAAAGAUGAUUCUUGAGAUGUGUCGUGGUGAGCUCCCAGCGGACCUUCAUACUGUCAAAUCACACAUUCACCAAAUUCAGAACACUGAUUUAUUAAAGGUGAGUGACACAGACAUGGAGAGUUUACAAGACAGCGUACUUCAACUUGUCCUGAGCUUGCUAGAGGACUCCAUGAAAAGAGAAUAUUUCUUUCAGGAAGUAUUUCCAGUUGAGUACGGUCCUGACUUUGACAAAGCACUGCAAGUCCUUGUUGGAUUUUUUCUCUCCAGAUUGGAGCAACUUCUGCCUGUACCAAACUUCAAACAGCUCUCUUUGUUGCUCAACUGUCACCCUGGGGAGCUAGAUGCAUGUGUGGACUCAGUUUGUAAAUCACACAAUUUGCUAUCUUUGCUGCAGAUGGAUGUUUGUGGGACUUUGGAUAAAAAUGUUCUUCCAUCAAUAGUGGAGGAUCGAAUAGUGUCAUCGUUAUCAUUGCCACCUGUUGGUGACUCAGUCAUUAUAAACCAGCACAACAAUGAUAGCAAAUUACUGCCUAUUGAUUCUGAAAACCUGCCAAUCCAACAACAUGGUGUGGACAACGAGACUGUGACAGGUGAUCCAAAUGUACAGGAUGUAGGAUCCAGCUUCAGCAGUGAGUCCUCAGAGUCCUCUAGAGACAGUGAUGGAGAAAAGGAAACAAACUCUAAUGUCGAUGAAUUGCAGCGGAGUAACUCAGAAGAGCCAAGUGCACUGUUACCCACUGAUGAUGCUCAUAGAGGUGAUUUAAUUUUUCAGACAGCUGUUCCUCUCCAACGGCCCACUCUUGACACCUUCCCAAACACACCUUCUAAAGGCUUCCACUAUGCAGGCAGGACUGUACAUAAAUGUCAGCAGUGUACAAAAUACUUCAUCUAUCGCUCUGAUCUUGUCAAGCACCAGGAAAUUCACACCCAGGCGGGGACACACGAGUGUCCUCAGUGUGGGCAGGUUUUUGACGAUGCAGCACAGCUGGUGUCACACAAGAGCACCAACUGCAAUUCAAGAGUUUUUAAGUGCAUCAAAUGCACAGCCCACUUUAGAUCCCUCAGGACCCUGUACAGGCACAACCGAGUGCACAAAGAGAAAACCACACAUAAGUGCCCUGAAUGUGGACGGCUGUUCACAAGUCUGUCGCGGUUAGUCAGUCACCGGCGAGCUCACCGAACUCCCACUGUUAAAAGGAACUACACCUGUAAACAAUGCAACGAGACUUUCGGGUCGUACCGAGCCAGUUUAAUCCACCAGAAGAUUCAUAAAGUUAAAGACGUCCGCCCGUCUAAACCAGAACGGCAGCCAGGAAAGUGUCGUUUUUGUGAUUUGACAUUCAAUGUCGACAGCGAAUUAAGAAGCCACCUGAAGACCCAUGCAGAGUUUAGGCCAUAUAUAUGUGACCAGUGUGGAAAGUGCUUUUCGGCGAACAGCAGCCUGCUUGCCCACCUCUCAAACCACACGGGUGAGAAACCUCUACUUUGUUCGCAAUGUGGAAAGCGAUUUUACAGCAAAAUCCAAUUAAAAUCCCACAUGAGGUGUCAUUCUGGUGAGCGGCCACAUGUCUGUCCGUACUGCGAGAAGCAGUUUUCACUGUCUGGAAACUUAAAGAUCCACAUCAGAAUUCAUACCGGGGAGAAGCCAUACGUUUGCCAUCAGUGCGGAAAGGGUUUUGUCUCCGCCGGAUGCCUGCAGGUGCAUCUGCGCUCUCACACAGGAGAGAAACCGUAUCAAUGUAAAAUAUGUGGCAAGAAAUUUGUGGUGUCAAGUCACCUGACAGCACACAUGUGCUUUCACACCGGAGAGCGUCCACACUGCUGCUUGCAGUGUGGGAAACGAUUCAUCCGGCGUUAUGACUUGAGCAAGCACAUGUACACUCAUAUUGGGAAGAGGCCUUUCCCAUGUCCUCUGUGCCCAAAGGCUUACACGUGUCGUACACACUUAAACAGGCACAUGAAGAGCCACAGUGUUUGACUUGAAUCAUUUUGUCAUUCUGAGUGCCUUGUGUGGAGUGAAAUCUUUAAAGCAGUAGUUCACUCAAAAAUGUAUUAUUUUCAAAAACUCUCAAGAAUUACAUUAUUUACUCACCCUCAUGACCAAUAUCCAUGUCCAAUACUGUAUGCUGUUUUUUCCUGUGGAAUACAAAGAAAAUUUUAAAGCAUCUUUACACAGAUGUUUUCCACUUCAAGCUCUAGAAAUGACCAAAAAACACAAAAAGCCCGUAUAGCAUAUGCACUAAAUUCCAAGUCUUCUGAAGUCAUAUUACUUCCUUUGUGCUAGUAACACAUUGCAAUUAUCUUUUUUUUUUUUUAUU